AACCCGCGGCAACAAAACUACAAAAAAGAAAACUCUGCGUCAACGUAAACGCCAGAGUUAGCCAGCGAGCUAACCAGGGAGCUAACGCAGGUAUGUCAUGAAACGAAGCCAAGCAAAGUGAGCACUUUCCUCACUUUAGAGGACAAUGGUGAAACAGAGGAUACAGAUAUACGGUCGCAUUAAACCCACGAAGAAAACAACGACUGUGUACUCUGUGGACAAUGAGGAGCAGACAGGUGCCUCUCUGGAGUUUGUGGUGCCCAGGGACCUGGCUGAUGGAUUCGUCAACAACAAGAGGGAGUGCUACAAGUUCAGGUUCCAGAAAGUGUUUGAUCAAGCAGUCAAACAAGAAGAGAUAUUUCAGAACAUUGCCAAACCAGUUGCAGACAGUGUAUUAGCCGGCUACAAUGGCACCGUGUUUGCCUACGGUCAGACGGGCAGCGGCAAGACGUUCACCAUCACUGGAGGCGCCGAGCGUUACAGCGAUCGAGGCAUCAUUCCCCGCACCCUGUCCUAUCUGUUCCAAUGCUUCAGCCAGGACAGCAGAGUGGUUUACACCACGAGUAUCUCCUACCUGGAGAUUUACAACGAGACGGGAUAUGACCUCCUGGACUCGCGACAUGAAGCCUCUCAGCUGGAAGACCUUCCGAGAGUAACAAUCAUGGAAGAUUCCGACCAAAAUAUCCACCUUCGGAACCUCUCGCUGCAGCAGGCAGGAAACGAGGAAGAGGCUCUGAACCUGCUUUUCCUGGGAGACACCAAUCGUAUGAUCGCAGAGACUCCCAUGAACCAGGCGUCGACGCGCUCCCACUGCGUUUUCACUGUGCACUUGUGCAGACGAGAACCAGGCUCGGCCACAGUGCAGCGCUCCAAGCUCCACCUGGUGGAUCUGGCUGGAUCGGAUCGGGUUAGCAAGACCGGCCUGAAUGGACUGCAGCUCACUGAGGCCAAGUACAUCAACCUCUCCCUUCACUAUUUGGAGCAGGUGAUCAUCGCUUUGUCAGAGAAGAAUCGCUUGCAUAUUCCUUACAGAAACUCCAUGUUAACGUCCGUGCUUAGGGACAGCCUCGGGGGCAACUGUAUGACCACCAUGAUUGCCACAAUGGCAAUUGAUAAGAGGAACCUCGACGAGUCCAUCUCCACUUGCCGCUUUGCUCAGCGCGUGGCUCUCAUUAAGAACGAGGCAGUGAUAAAUGAGGAACUGGAUCCUGCGCUGCUAAUAGCACGUCUGAAAAGGGAGAUUGAGUCUCUGAGGGAAGAGCUGGCCAUGGUGACGGGAGAGCAGCGAGAUGACCAACUCACUGUGGACGAGAUCCAGAAGUUGGAAGAGCUGGUCAAGGCCUUUCUCGAUGACCCUGAUCCUGAUGUGACGUUGUCACUUGGAGCAGACAUGAGGAAAAUCCAGCACUCUUUCUCUCUGCUGAAGAAAUUGAUUCUGAACAAUGAAGCUGGAGAGACUCAAACAGCAGCAGCAGCAGCAGAGAGUGAAGAAAUGAUUCAACACAACCACCUCGAAGCGACCAAUUUAAAGGAGAUGCUGACUCAGCGUGAUAAUGAAAUCAGUAUCUUAGUGAAGAUGUUGAAGAGGGAGAAGAAAAAGGCCCAGGAUGUUGCUGCCAGGCUCGCUGAGAUCACCAGUGGUCAGAGUGUAGCCGCCCACAGUACGCCGAGCUCGUCGCCAACGUCACCGGCGGAGAGCGACACAGACGACAUCUCCAGCAACCAUGGAAGACGAGUGGUGCAGUACAUGAAAAGAGGUCCACAGCUGUCUAUGGGGAAGCAAGAAGCCUUUGAGACCUUUAUAAGAGACCACGAGGACUAUCUGACCAUCGAGGACAACAAGAACCUACUCAAACAGAGGUCAGCCGAGGCCAGAAGACUUGGAACGCAGAUGACUGAAGGCAGAAAUGUAAUCAAUGAGCUGAAGAAGCAGUUAGAGCUGAGGAGAAGGCAGCGAGCAGUUCAAGGUGUGACGGGGAGACCCACAGAGGCCGGGGAGGAGGUGGAUGCCCUGCGAGAAGAAAACCUGUGCAAACAGAUUUUGCAAGAAAAAGAAACCUACAAGAGCAUCGUUGGCCGUCUGAAAGCCUUGAGGACGGAGAUUGAGCACCUGCAGCUGUUGCUGGAGAGGGCGAAAGUCAAGCUACAGAGAGACUUUCAUAAGUGGUGGAGCCGGGAGGCUUCCAGUGAUCAGGACCCAGAUUCAGCCAGGUGUCGUCGCACAGACUCACCACAGGGAACCUUGCAGCCGUCUUCACCCGGCACUCCAGGACUGAGAAGCUUCAGUCCUAAAAACGUUCCUCCCGUAACAGCUGCACCAGCGUGGCACGAUGAUACCUCCAUGGACGGGAGAGCGACUCACUACACGCCGUCAUCUGAGUGGAGGUCCCUGUCGAGCACCGAGCUCUCGUCCUCCUCCAUCCCACUGACUGGACACCAGCAGACGGACGCUGACAUCCUGGCCUUUGUCAGAGCCAGACAAAACCUCCUCAACAGAGCAGACGCUCUUCAUCAGUGACAUGAACUUCUGAGGAGGAACGUGAGGCCUGGAGCUCUCGUCUCGUCUGCCUGUGUGAGUAAUGAUGGACAGUGAUGAUGUGAGAGAAAAUCAUGUCAAAUGACUUGAAAAAUGCCAAAUUUCACAUGGAAAAGAUGCACCACACACACACACAUCCUGUUUUCAUCCUCACACACACACACCCUUAUUGACCAUCUAAAAGUGAUGCCAUCGAUGUAAUGGGCAGCGGUAUAAAUCACGGCACGCGUCGGCCAUUUGUGCUGAACAAAUGUUGUCUCAAGAUAUCAGAGGAACGAGCAGAAACUAGGAAACCAUCUGUCUCUGAUAUGUGUUUAAGGACGUAAUGAAAGUGGACUGUUCAGCGGUGCGAGUGCAUCUCAGCGUGUGUUUUCAUGUCAUUCAGAGACGGAAGAUGUCUUCAAUAAAUAGCUGUAUUUAAUAUAUUGUGUUCACAAAUUUAAAACAAAGUAUUUGUAUACGAAGAAUAAAGCUAACAAAGAACUCGACCAUUCUAA